UUUUACAAAUUGUUUGAUGUUUGCCACUUACGGGUCCAUUUACUGAUUCACUAUUUAGCAUCCCGCUGAAUCUCGAAGUAUUCAUGCUUUAUGGCAGUCAGGGCAUUGCCGUUCUUGCCCGACGGGGAGAGUUUUCACGACAGCCUUUAUUGCGAGAAGUGUCAGUGUUUUCUGCGGGAGCCCUGUUGGCAGCAUGCAGUGUUCGUUCAGGAUGGAGACAGUAUUCCGCUGGCUAUCGCCAGCCUGCCAGAUGUCUUGGCUUUCCAUAACGACGGCCCGCAGCAAAAUGUCUGUCAGUCUUCGGAGAAAACCAUCCGAUCGGUCGUGGCGAGAACAAUCAUCCUCCCGCAGACAGUCUUCGGGCCGUUCAUCGCCCCGCUGUGCAGUCUGGGCGAAGCGCACUCGCGGACAUAUUCAUCAGUGGACGGGCAGUGUGUGACGUUCACUGUGGAGAACGAUCGUUGGUGCAACUGGAUGAAGUUGGUCAGGACGGCUGACCACGGCCAACACAACCUCCGCGCCUUCAUCCACGAACAGAAGGUCCUUUUCGUCGCCGUUAAGGUCAUCCUUCCGGGAGAAAAACUCACGCUGGCGCUGCCCCAAAUUGACCGGAAGGACAUCCACAGCAGUAACGAUGUGAAUUACGUUGACGUCUCUGUGGAGUGUGUGAGCAGUGCUACGGAUGUGAACGAAGAUCCCGACAUGGUUAAGUGCGAGGAGAAUAGCGACGCAGAUGAGAGCGUGGAUGCCAUGUCGAUCUCAGCUGCUCUGGACGUUCCUGCUGUUUGUUUCUCAGUGGAUGCGCAGCGCUUGGCAGAGCAUGGGGAUCCGGCAGAUCUGUUGCCACAGUCCCAAUACUUGCCAGCUCCAGAACAGCUGCUAACUGGAAUCUCCGGACUCUUAGUCCAACUGCCUGAAGAUUCCAUGGUUAAGUGCGAGGAUCAUGAUGACGAACUCGACCAUGUGGAGACGAUUGCUGCUGGUCACUCACUGGAUGCACGGGCGUUGGUGCCGGAUGAUGAGGCAGAUCCCUUGCCACCGUCCCAACCAUUGGUGCCAGCGCAGUCACAGAAGCAACAACCGGCAUCACUGCCUGCACUGCGCAAUGGUCAACGCGAAGACUCACCGGAAUAUCCAUUGCCCUCCAACUUGUUUUCACCUGAUUCGUUACUGAACAGGAAUCCGGGAAAACGGAAGAGCGAUGAGACGGAAGCAGCAACUGUUGCGUCGAAAUUCUCGCGGGUUUACUCCCUUCGUAUGCGGAGUACUGUACGCGCCGGUGCAGCCUACGGUGACGAGAAUUUAUCCGACGACAACGAUAAAGAUUUCUGCUUGUCGGAAAACAGCGAUCCAUCUUCUAUCGAUUCCGAAUGCUGCAGCGAAAAUGACUUGAAUCUGGAAAAUACCGCGACAAAAAGGCAAGACAGAAAGCGUGGCACGAAAGAAAAACAAACCCCAUCUUCACGCGGUUGCCGGAAGAAAACCGAAAAUGUGAUCCUUCAAAGCACUGCGGAGGUGGUGUUGCCAACGAAUGAUUCAUCGGCAAGAAAAGAGCCAUGCCGUCUCCCGGAUCCUGCUUUCCUUGAGGCACGGAACAGUCAGAUCAAAGCCGUGGUCGCAGCUAAUCCGUUCCAGUAUCCGGCUGGAGAGCAGCGGUUGCUCGCGUUUUCGAGUGCUGCCGACAUGCUGUCGCUUGACCAAGCGUCUCCAGGGAUGCAGUCGCUAGAUGGACCCAUCCUCCAGCGCUGCACCGAGGGUCGUCUGCGUGACUUCAAAAGUCCACAACGCAGUAAUCGGUUUGAGUCAACGUGCAGGCCGGAGUACGUCUCCCCGAUGAACCAGUUGGAUGCGUUAAAAGGCAACCAACGCUUGGAUACAAAGGCGGAGAGAAUGCGGCGAUUGAAUGCGGUAGCCACGAUUAAUCCUUUUCAGUUUUCCUCGCGAAUUGAACGCCGCGCCGCGUGGCAGGCAUGCCUGGCUGAUGACGGUCGAGUGAAGAAUGUCAGGCUUGCUUGCAAAAAUCUGCAGAGUUAUAUCCAAACUCAUUUGGACAAAUUCCCCAGCGUGCUCGAUAGCUACAAGGAGGAUACCGCCGAUAAUUACGAGCGAGAGUAUAUCGAAGUGAUGCGAGUGAUAGCGCAACAGGCGGGGAAGGAUUACGCCGAUGACGCGCAUCCCUUGGCCAUUGAUAAGGAUGCCGACGCAGUUGGACCGGAUCAGGUGAAUGUCGCAGCUGACACUCCGAAAGCACAUCGCAAACGGCGCCAUAAAAAAAAUUUGCAGCACGAUAGGCGCUUCUUCAGUUACGUUUAUCGGUUCGUGUGUUUCGAGUGUUCGUUGCAUUUCAAGAACGAAAAUCUGUUGAAAUUGCAUAAGGUGCAGCAUAGUGAUUCACCCAGCGAAGGUGCUAAUUCUCGCAGUUGUCCAGUUUGCAGGCGCUCAUUUAGCAAGCUAUCCAGUUUAUUGCGACAUAUUUUGGAUCACGGCGUGAAAGCGUCACAGAUUGUCCAUUUUAUCCCAACUGCUGAUCCCAGUAUCAUGAGCGUCGCUUCCACUACGGCGGCUCCGAUGGAUGUGCUGGCGCAGAGUCAUGACGCCCAUGAGACGUGCUUUAUGUACAGUUGCGGACAGAAGUCAUGCGGACUGCGAUUUUGCACGGAAUCCAUGGCUGAUCUCCAUCAACUCAGCCACAAAGUGCCGGAUAGUUAUCAGGGCGAUGUUGUUUGUGCGGGAUGCAGCUACGUAGCUGCAAAUGCGGAGGACUUGCUGAAACACGUCGGUCGGCAUGGAGCGAAGACAGGCGAUCAUAAAAUGUGUCGUUUAUGUGGGAAAUUUGUGCAGGAUAUGAUCGAGCAUGUUCAACUGGUGCAUAAGGAAGCAUAUGUGAAGUACGAAGCUCGUUUAAAUCUUUCUUGCGACCAGUGCGAAAAGCGAUUUCGGACGUCUGUCCAUCUUACUACCCACAAAACUUUUGCACACACAAAGUUGCCAACACUGGAGUGUCUAAUUUGUGCUAAACACUUCCCGUCGCCUCUUCAGCUGCAUGCGCAUGUAACUCAGGAGCACGGAACCGGUUUGAUCUGUAUGGUGUGCCGGAAAAGCUACACAAAGUACAGCAGCUUAUCAAAGCACGCGAGAAUGCAUAAGCAGAUCCACAUUUGCGAAACCUGUGGAUCAGUAUUCCGCUCCAGGCGUAACUUAGAUACCCAUCGAUACAGUCACCGGUCUGACUAUUCCUUCAAAUGUGAUCAGUGCGGAAAGACCUUCAAGAGACCGUCAAAUCUGGCACAGCAUAAAGUAGUCGUGCACACGGACAAAGUGCGGAAGAAGCGCAAAGCCAAACGGGAAGAAAUGCGUCGGAAGGGCGUGGUCAGCGAGUACAAGUGUCCCCGGCAGAGGAUGCUGUACGAGGAAUUCCCGUUCAAAUGCGUGGAAUGCCGGCUCGGCUGGAUGCUGCUGGGUAAUCUACAGCAGCAUCAACGGAAGAAGCAUCCACAGAGUAACGAUACUAUGCUCAGCGCUGCCGCUUCUUCCAGCCUUUGAGACACUUGGAUAAAUUGUUCUGUUUGACUUGUAAGAGUGAUCGGAUCCGCAAAGAGGCUUAUUGUUACUACGUUUACUUUGGUCAAGGGAGGAAGUUCCCUUCUGCAAAGGAUACGAAGAGUGUAAAACGUAUACUGUGACUGCCAGUAUCAGCGCUCAUGUUCUGAAUAUUUUUUAGUAUCUAUUUGGGAGUGCACUUUUUGAGCUUGUUAUUGAACAUAUUGCUGCGUGCUUUUGUGUCAAAAAAUUUUAUUAAACAAUCUGGAAUAUAUCA